AUGGAUAAUUUUACCUGCCACUUCGGAACUAAGGAGAUAAGCGACUUCCACUCAGGACGUACUGGAUAUACCGAUGAAAACGCCUCUCUGUGGAGACCAUGGACACAAGAUCAUUGUGGUCGAGGGACGGGCUCAGUUACGGCUCGCAUCAACACCAGCUCUUACGCAUUACCAGAUGCCACAAAGAAACCCAGAGAGGUCGUCCACCCUGUGAAGUUGUUCUGGCCAAAAUCGCAAUGCUUUGAUUAUUUGUACCAGGAUGCAGAGAUGCUGCUCCAAAACUACCCCGUCCAGGCGACCAUCUGCCCUUAUGCCGAAUCCAGCGGUGACGAAGAUGAGGAGGACAGUGACGAGGAGGACGAGAAAGAAAUGAACUGA